ACGUACUCGGAAAUGUGCACACCGAGAUGUUUUCUUGAAUUAAUUUCCCAUUCGCGACUACACGAUUCAGAUACAAUGCCCGUUCGCCGGUCGAAUUUAUUCGCCGUGUACCGUUACCGGACUGCGAUUUCUUGUUAAUUUCUUUAAUUUUAACUGUACACCGCGUUAAAUCGACUCCGAUUGUUUCCGAAUCUUGUCCAAUUUUACACUGCCGCUGUAAACCGCAAACCUCUCCGACUGCAGAAUGCGCUGUCCGGCCUUUUUUCAUUGUCGAUCACGCAAAUUCUUCUUGCAACACCAUCCGAAGUAAUUGCUCCAACAUAUCGGUCCGUUACCAUUUUUAUUCUUCGACAUUGGCCUUUGACCUUUUGAAUGUGCCUCGCACACCGCAUUUCCACCGUUUCCACGCAUUUCUGAUGUUUUCUCAAUAAAACCAUUAUUAAAACAAGGUCGUAAAUCGGUAACUAUUCGUUCUAAUUUCUCGAGACGUUCCCGGUUGGUGGAAGGGCACUGCCGCGUACUGAUUAGCAUCUCCGAGUAUCUGAUGGCUCAUCAGUCAGUACUGAUACGAUCUACUCAGAUCAAUCAUCGUACGAGCAAAGGGACUUAUGGAAUGUCCAUCAUGCGCCAGUUUUCGUUACAUCUUCUCAUUCCCAUUAAUUAACUAACUACAUUGUUAAAAGAUCACAGGCAGUUGUCUAAUUUAUAUUCAAGUGAAGUGGUGAAGGGCGUUCGGAACAGUCCGACCCGUUUUAUAAACUCGAGAAACAUCUCAAAAUUAUCUUAACGAAACCUAAUAUACUCGUACAAGAUUCAAAGAUGAAAAUCGCUGUGAUUGGAGCUGGCGUCUCGGGUUUGGCGGCCGCCAAGUGUUGCCUAGAAGAGGGCCACGAUGUGGUUGUUUUCGAACAAACAGGAAGCAUUGGUGGAACUUGGGUGUACACAGAUAAGAUUGGACUGGAUGAAAAUGGAUUGCCGGUACAUUCUUCUAUGUAUCGGGGAUUGAGAACUAACAUACCAAAAGAAUUGAUGGAAUUCGACGACUUCCACUAUCCGGAAACGUUAAAACAAUCAUACGUUGGACAAGAACAAGUCUUGGCAUACCUGGAAGACUUCACCAAACACUUCAGUUUGGGUAAACACAUCAAGCUCCACCAUCAAGUCACCGAAAUUGAAGUCGCACCAGAAAAACGAUGGAGAAUCGACUACAGAGAUGUGCGUCAAAAUGCAGCGAAGGAAGAAAUAUUCGAUGCAGUUAUGAUUUGCAACGGCCAUUACUUCAAGCCUUUCCUCCCCGAGAUGUCGGGACUUGAGAAAUUUUCCGGUACGGUCAUACACAGCCACAGUUACAGAUCUGCCGAACCAUACAAGAACAAAAGAGUUGUUAUUGUUGGAGCCGGUCCGUCUGGAGUCGAUAUCGCUAAAUUGGUAUCUAAGGUCGCAGCUAAGGUUUACAUCAGUUUCCAAGGUCAGACGUUUGGUGGGCUGGACAAACUUGUGGAAGCGAAGCCGCGAAUAUCUCAGGUUAAUGAAAAGUCCGUGUUGUUUGGGAACAGUGAGGAAGUAGAAGUUGAUAGUAUAAUUUUUUGUACAGGAUAUUGCAAAGAAUUUCCCUUCCUAAACAAAAACUGUGAAAUAGAAAUCGAUGAUGGCUGGGUCAUGCCAUUAUUUAAACAAAUUAUUAACAUAAAUCACCCAACCAUGGCUAUUAUAGGAUUGCCCAAUAAGGUUUGCCCUUUCCCAAUGGGUGAAUACCAGUCGAAGUUCUUCUUGGCAUACUUGAAAGGUAAUUUUAAACUAUCUAAAGAAGAAAUGUUGGCAGACAUGAAUGCUGACAUGGAAUUGAAAAGAAGAGCUGGCAUUAAAAAGAAGAACUACCACGUACUAGGUGAUUUGCAAGGCUACUACUGGGAUACACUAGCUGUCACUGCCAAAAUCAAACGGGCUAGGCCAGUUUUGCAGAAGUUGUACACUUUCCAUAAACUUGUUAUGUCACCUGAUGUUUCAUAUAAAAUUGUUAAUGACAACGAUUUUACGUACGAAUUCAUUCAAUAGUUAAAAUGGUAACCAAAUAAAGAGCAUGAUAUUUUAA